GCCAUGCUCCGCCCCAGGGCCCUGAUGCAGGUGAUGAGCCAGGCCAACACCAGUGGUAUCCAGAGUACGCUCCUCCUGAACAACGAGGGGUCCCUGCUUGCCUGCUCGGGCUAUGGGGACACUGAUGCCAGGGUCACCGUGGCUAUCGUCAGCAACGUCUGGAUGGCCUAUGACAAGAAUGGGCACCAGGCAUUCAUCGAGUUCAUCCUCAUGGACUGCAUGGAGGGGCGAGUGGCCAUCAUGUGGGUGGCAAACCUGCUGCUCUGCAUGUAUACGAAGGAGGCAGUUGGAUUUGGGAUGCUGAAGGUCAAGAUGCAGGCGCUGGUCCAGUACCUGGAGGAGACACUCAAGCAAGUGGCCACAUCCUGACUGCAGGAGCAGAGCUCGGAGGUGCCACCACUUGAAGGCUGGUGCCUUCAAAACCAUCAUCAAUCCCAGACCUUGGGGUAUCUUUACAAAUAAGGUGUGGGGAGCAAAAUAUCAAUGGGAGGAAUAAAAACGUCUUUGA